AGCUGCAAGCUGCCACCCAUUAUCAGAAUCUCUGUGUCUGCUCCGCGUGUGUGUGUGUGUGUGUAUAUAUAUAUAUAUAUAUAUAUAUAUAUAUAUAUAUAUAUAUAUGCAGAGAAAUGAUCUGUGAAAACCCCCAUUCCGCUGCUCUGUGUCUCGAGCAGAACAUCCACCAUGGGAGCUUCAAUGGGGAGGAGGUACUGUGUUUUCACGUUUAUUCUCAUUGCGAAUGGCUUUGCAUUUCUGAGUGAAGGGAAAACGUAUACCUCAGCGGUGGGUGACCCAGGAAUGAGAAGGGAUGGAUUGAGAGUGGGCUUCGAAGCGUGGAACUUCUGCAAUGAAGUUGGCAGUGAAGCUCCUGGAAUGGGGAGCCCCAGAGCGGCCGAUUGUUUUGAUAUCUCAGGUGGUUCUCUGGAACACAAAGUGACAGAGAAUGAUAAUAGACUUGGGGUGGGAAACCUAUUUCCGGGUUUGAAACCAGUUGCUGCACACAACCCAGACCUGUAUGCAGUAGAGAAGGAGCUGUAUCUGGGUUCUCUGUGUGAAGUUUCAGACAAACCAAAUCCAUGGCAGUUUUGGAUGGUUAUGCUGAAAAAUGGCAAUUUUGAUUCAAAACUUGGCUUGUGCCCUAAGAAUGGGAUGAAGGUUCCACCUUUUAGUGCAGGAAAUUUUCCCUGCCCUAAAGUGGGAUGUAUGAAUCAACCAGCCCUGUAUCAUGAUAGGACAAAUUUCUCAGAUAUUGAUAGAUUGAGAGGUGCUUUUUAUGGAACUUAUGAUUUGGGAUCUCCCAUUUCUAGGUCUGGGGUUGGUAAUAAUUCUUUCUAUGAGGUGGUUUGGGAGAAAAAUGUUGGAACUGGGAGUUGGGUUUUUACUCACAAGCUCAAAACUUCUAGGACUUACCCAUGGCUCAUGCUGUACCUCAGGGCUGAUGCAACCAAAGGGUACUCUGGAGGGUACCACUAUGACACCAGAGGAAUGCUCAAAUCUCUUCCAGAAUCGCCCAACUUCAUGGUCAAAUUGACUCUGGAUGUGAAGAGAGGCGGAGGACCCAAGAGCCAGUUCUACCUGAUUGAUAUGGGGAGCUGUUGGAAGAAUGAUGGCUCCCCGUGUGAUGGAGACGUGCUCACCGAUGUAACCCGAUACAGUGAGAUGAUCAUCAACCCGGACACUCCUGCUUGGUGCAGCCCCUCAGGCCUCGCUAACUGUCCACCAUACCAUAUCACUCCAAACAACACAAAGAUACACAGAAAUGAUACUGCAAACUUCCCAUAUGGAGCCUAUCACUAUUACUGUGCUCCCGGGAAUGCCCAACACUUGGAGCAGCCUUACAGCAUUUGUGAUCCCUACAGCAACCCUCAGGCACAAGAGCUGGUGCAGUUGCUGCCUCACCCCAUAUGGGCUGAGUAUGGAUACCCUACCGAGAAAGGACACGGUUGGAUUGGGGACCCUAGAACAUGGCAGCUCAAUGUUGGGGGGCUUUCAAGUAGACUUUACUUCUAUCAGGAUCCCGGUACUCGUCCAGCUAAAAGAAUAUGGACAUCUCUUGAUGUGGGAACCGAAGUUUUUGUUAGCGACAAAGACGAAGUGGCAGAGUGGACUCUCAGCGACUUCAAUGUUCUUCUUACAUCCUAAAUCCAUAGUUCAGUUUAUUCCUCUUUUUAUUUUUAUUUUUUCUACCCAUUAUUUUUUUUUUUUUCUGAUUUAAUCAAGAGGGUAGAAAUAAAAAUCAAAAGUGUUACCUUAGGUGAAGAUUGGGAUUAGGAAGCUAAAACAAGCCCAAACGAGCAGAGCUUCCCUAUCCUUGCAUUUUACAGAUCAGUCAUUUUGGCGUCUGAUUCACAUUGUUAUAACCGCAGAUUAAAGGGUCUUGAGGGUUGAAUAUUUUGUUGAUUUUUUUUUGUUGCUUCUAAAUAAGUCCUCAAAACAUUUCUAGAUGAAAUAGAAGCUAUAAGAUUUGCUUGUAAAAGAAAAUUAAUAUACUGUUUCAACAUCAAUGCUUUUCUU